ACAACCACAACCAUCACCGCAAACGCAGCCACAACCAUCACCACAACUGCAACAGCAAACACAAAUGCAGCAGGAGGACCAGAAUUACUUGUCUCAGAGUCAAUGCCGGCCUCCUGGAAGUGAGCCAUUACCUAAAGGACUUGUUGCCAAUACUGCCGACUUGCAAAUGCAACCGCUAUGGGGCCGUCGUAAGAAAAUAAAUUCUUCCACAAGCUUAUUUACCGCUGCUGUUGGUAUAAAACAAAGGGAAACGGUAGAUAAGAUGGUUAGGAAGUUUUUAUCAUGUAAUUUCAACGUGAUGCUUUUUCAUUACGAUGGUAUUGUUGAUGCAUGGAAGGAUCUAGACUGGGAGACCAGUGUGGUGCAUGUUUCUGCAGUUAAUCAAACAAAAUGGUGGUUUGCGAAGCGGUUUUUACAUCCAGAUAUAGUUGCUGACUACAGUCAUAUCUUUCUCUGGGAUGAAGAUCUUGGAGUUGAAAAUUUUGACCCUGACCGAUAUUUGUCAAUAGUGAAAGAAGAAGGGCUUGAAAUCUCACAACCAGCACUUGAUGUAGAAAAGUCAGAGGUGCAUCAUGCGAUAACUGCACGAUGGAGCAACUCAACUGUGCACAGGAGGGCUAAACCUAGUAGUAACAGCAAAGGAUGCAAUUCGGAGAGUCAAUAUCCUCCUUGCACAGGAUUUGAUGAUGGACAUAGCGAUAGAGUAUUUGAUGUUCCAUUGCAGGUGGGUAGAGUUGAUGGCUCCAGUCUUCUCCAGAACUGCUUGGAGAUGUAUGUGGUAUAUGAUCCAGAAGGACUUGAACCAUGCAUGGGGGCUAGAUAUUCUGUUUGGUUAUUGUGCACAGGGAGAUAGAACCAAAAAUGUUGGGGUUGUGGAUGCUGAAUACGUUGUUCACUA